AUUUCGUAGUAUGACCGUCCAUUUUAUUCGUUGCUGUGGCGUGACGUGUACCGUCGGUUUCUGUCUCGUCAAAUUCCACAUUUCCACAUAAAAUUCCCCGUUAAUUCGUUUAACGGUAACCGUUUCGUGUAGCUGUCCCAUCGUUCUUUAGUUUGCAAAAAAAAAAUGAAUCGCAGAAUGGGUGGUGGCCCCAGAGGAGGUGGCGGCGGUCGUCCGUCUUAUUCUAAUCAGGGCUAUAACAAUGCUGGUGGCGGAGGAGGUGUAAGCCCCUGGCAAGGGGGCGGCGGCGGCAUGAAUCAAGGCGGAGGAGGACUCCUAUCUCAAUUUUCAAAUCCGCAACUUGCUCUGGCUUUGACCAGUUUACUUCAGCCCCAACAACAACAGCCACCCUCUUUACUCUCAUUAAACACUGGCCCGCAAUAUAACUCGGGCCGCAACGGUUUCAACAGAAUGAACAAUCGGGGACGGGAUAUUAGACGUCAUGAGCCCUAUAAUAAGAGUCGCAUCCAAGACCGCCGUAGAAGGUCUCCUCCAAGGCGCAAGGAUGAUUUUAAGAAAAAGGACUUCAAUAAACCCAAAGAUGCUAAGGCAAAAGAAGAUAAGGACAAUGAAACUGCUGAAGAUGGUGACGAAAAGAAGAGAGACUGGAAGGAUGAGAAGAAUACUGAAGGAAAAGAGGAUGAAGAAAAAGAUGAAAAGAAGGACGGCGCGUAUGUCAACGUGCCGCGCAGCCUGCUCAACUGUUUCAUCUGCACCAAGCAAAUGUGGGACGGCGAAUCUAUGGGUAAACAUAUCCGGGGGCGCGCCCACCACGAAAUGCUCAAGGCCAUGGAGGAGAGCAUCCAGAUUUGCGUGAACAUCCUGAGGGAGAACCUGCGCCUGUGCGAGGAGCGCAAGAACAUCGAAUAUAAUCGCCAGAACCGUCAGAGGAAGUUCCCGAGGCGCGAUCCCCCCGUCAACCAUUGCUCUAUGUGCGACUUGAAGUUUAUGGGUAAAAUCGCGGGACAUCGCAAGACCGAGGGUCAUCAACGUUUGAAGAGAUAUUUGCACCCGAGUUGCCGCGCAUGCGCCAAAGAGUUCCCGUCCAGGAUCGAAUGGAUCGAGCACUGCUUCACCCCAGAACAUUUGAGAACCAUCGCGGAGAAAACCGAGAAAAGGCUCGGGGGAGCAGAUGGCGACGAAGUUGUCGAGGAAGCGGAAGAAGAGGAAAACGCCGAUAUCAACUUGGAGGAAUGUCUCGAGGACGCGAAUCGCAUGGAAGACGAGGAUCCGAUCCUCGAAUUGGACCAGAGUCUCGAGAAUAUUUCGUCGCGUAUGCCCGCAUGGAAACCGGCCCGGCCGAUCGCCACUAAGAGCAUCACCGAGUUCACCGGGUUCCAGUGCAAACUGUGCCAUCGCAGUUUCUUGAAGAAACAGGACGCGGACAACCAUUUGAAGACCAAAAGGCACUUUUCGCGCUUCAUCGAGGUGAUCAAGGAGAAGUACGCGCGGGAGGAGCGAAGGAAGAAGGCGGAGAAGGAGAAGGCGGAAAAAGACGAGAAGACCGAGAAGGAGGGCGAGGUUAAAGAGGAAGGUGCUGAAGGUCAAGAAGACGGUGACGCAGAAAUGUACGAUCCGAGCGAAGUGCACGAGGAAGAGGAGCAGGAAAACGGCGAAGCCGAAGAAGAUGAAGCGGCCGCCGAAGAGGAGGAGCAGCAGCAGCAGGAUGCUGAACAAAACGAGGAGGCGGCAGCACCCGUCGAAGAAAAAAUGGAAACCGCCGAGGAGCCGGAACCUGAGCCCGAGCCGGAGCCAGAACCCGAACCAGAGGUAAAACCAAAGAAAAUUAGAUUGUAAGGUGUAGUAGGUGAAAAAGGAGCCUCCGCCGACUCCGUCAAGGACCACCCGUAAAAGCGCUGCACCGGCCUCUGUGAGAGGCAAACGAGGUGGCAAAAAAUAAACGACGCCGCGUUUUCAAGAAUCAAUUAUAUUCAUUCAUCUUUGUAAUGAUUAUUCCGUAUCUUUAUUUGAUUAUUUAUGUAAGUUUCUAGUUUUUCGACAUUGUGCAUUUUAUGAUUUUUUUCUCUAAUAGCGUAAAAUAAGUUAAUAUUUUUAUUAGAUUGGCAAAAGUAGAUGACGAGAACCAAUGAAUUUUGGUUAUUUUCGUUUUGUAGUUAGUCUUUUAUCGAUUUAAGUUGGUAUUUGUCUUGAAAUGUUUGUCUGCUGUGUAAGUUCAAUGUAAUAAAAUUCUUAAUGCACA